AUGCGGUCGCUUAGUCUUCCUACGGGAAGUGCUCUCAGAGGAUGGGGAACCGUCAUCAACAUAAUAGGAGGAGCGUAUAUUGGUGGGCUUAUAGUGUGUUUCGGGCUGUUAUACUUCCUCUACCAUGACGCCAACGAAAGACAGCCGAUUCCAUUUGAGCUCUCGUUCGCUGACCAGAAAACUGCUGUGAUGGCCAUCAAUAAAGACGAUGCGCUAAAAAGCCCUCGAUACGCUGUCAAGCACUACCGGCGACUUCUUAUCGAGCUCGCCAAGAAGGAGAACCCGAAACUCGAGUUCGAUGAGUCUGACCCCAAAAACCAGUACAGAGCACCCUUUCUCGAUUCGCAUACCUUGGUGCACAAAAAAUCAAACACAUUUGCCAAUUUCUACAUCGAUAUCGUCAGUCGAUACGCCAAGGCGCUUCUUGCCAAAGGCCAGUUGGAAAUCUCUGUGGAAACUCUUCAAAAAUUGGUAAAUGACGAUGAGAUCUUCUUCCGGUUGGGAGAUGCCGAAAGACUCUCUCAGUGCGGACGGCUCUUGGCCAGAAUAUCACCAACUGUGGACGAAAAAGAGCUGCUUCUCAAGCGAUGUAUCACCAUGAUCGGCAGCACCUUCUCGUCCAUCCACGUGGACGAAAACUACCUUUUACAGAAUAGUUCCCGGAUCACAGACGAGUUGAUCUCAUGCUUGAACGACAUGGCAUUUGCAUACGCCAAAGAAUCUACCCACCUGUCGCUUUCCCGCCACCAAAAGCAAGACUAUCUCUCGAAGGCAUUGAACAUAUAUCUUUCCAAUUUGAAAACGGUUCAGCAGGUCCAACACAGUGUUGUUAGUGGACAGAAGAACCAGACAAACUACCCACUUUUCAACUGCAACGAAGAAAACCUCCAGAUGCUCGUCAAUGAAAUCCGCAGCCAUGUCAGUGAGAUCAUGUGGUCUAAGGGGUACAAACAGAACGCUAUUUCAUGGAGUGAAGAAGUUGUGGACGAUAUUUACUACAUCAAUUCGUCUUCCAAACGUGCCAACCACAUUUUAAUUGACGUGUUGGCCAACCUCACGACAAUGUACCACCAGAUCCGCAACCGUACCAGUGAAGAGCGAUGCAUCCAACUCCAAAAGGGUCUUUCCCACUACGAUCUGAACGAAUCCUCCUGGUAUGAUAAUCUCGUGGGCCGGUUCUGCCGCAUUAUUUAUAACAAAGGGCCAUUGGGGGUGAUUGAAAAGGCACUUGUGGAACGAUUUGGGCCUCCCAGGCGGCUUCUUGAGAUUGAGGAGUUUGAAGAUGAAGAUACAGAGUAG